AUGCAUCCUGGACAACUUUCUAAAAACUUGAGAUUCGAGAACAGCCCUUUCCUCGGCAAUGGAGAAUCUGCUAAAGCAAGUCAGGAAAGCUCCCAAGAGCCUCGAAGCGUCAGAGACGGAAGAAUUCCAUCCCUUAAAACUCCAUCCUUCAAAGAAGAAAAGAAGAGACCUCAGAACUGGUUCCGGAGACAAUUUUCUGGACAAAUGAAUCAAGAUUCUGAUUCCAAUAGAAUAGAGCAGGCAACUGCUGUGGCAGCUGCUGCUUAUGCAAUAACAUCAUUGUACGCAUCAAGCAUCCCAGAACAGAAAAAGAUCGGCAAGCGCCCUGAGCCUUUAUUGACCCAGACUAAGAGCAAAAGGCAAGAAUUGACAGAUUUAAUCCCAGAAUCUGGAAGGACAGGUAAACAAUUUUCAGGUGAAGGUUCAAUGAGACGUCUUGAAAGACAAGAUAGCAAGGUGACAGAAACAGCUACAAAAGAAAAGACAACAAGCAAGGUUGCCACUGCUGCCCCGGAGAUUAAAAGGACCCUAACAUUUACUGACAAGUCUACUCCAUCAAUGAAAAAAACCCCAUCCUUUGCUGAAAAUGCAGAGCCUAUAAUUGACGAGCCUACUGUAAAACCAAAAAUUACGGUGCCAAAGCCUGAUCUGCCUCCUACAAGAAAACCUUUAACCCCACCAACUAAAAUCAAAAGGGAGGUUUCAACAAGACCUGGAAUAGACGGGACAGAUGCAGAUGCUUGGGAGAGAGCUGAACUGUCUAAAAUCCAAAAGAGGUAUGAGGAGAUGAAUGCCAGAAUACUUUCCUGGGAGAACAAGAAGAAGGAAAAGGCCAAAAAUCGACUUAAAAAAACAGAGCUUAGCUAUUUAUUGGAUCCGCAGAGUGACUUGGCGCAAAUACAGUCAAAAGCCUUAAAACAAUUUCAUGAUGAGAUCGUUGAUAUCGAUCAGAUUGCAGGAGCAGCAAAAGCAAAGGCAGCAGAAAGGCAAAGAAAUAAGGAGUUCAAGGCAAAAGAAAAGGCAAAUACAAUCAGAAAAACAGGAAAGCUUCCUCGGACAUUGAAAGAAGUUGAGCUUGCUCAAGACAUACGACACUACUUGAGGAAAACAACAGCAUUUGAUUUAAGAACAUUAACUGCAACUCAGAUAUGUAAAAUCCAUUCAUGA